AUGGCAAAUGCAAAACAAACAAUAGUUAUCUCGCUCCCAGGAAAGAAGGACAAUUAUUAUGUCGAUGACAUCAAAGAUAUCGCAGACUUUGUUUUUGAGAUGGACAAACAAACUUAUGGGCAUGAUAACUUGAUUGUCAUCCAUGACAAGUCAGGGCGAAACCUUCUCAAGCAACACGAGUUUGUGAACGCUCAAAUGAUAGAGAUCGAUGAACCAGGCCUUGAUUUGUGGAUGAGAGAUUUCCCUCCUUGCAUGCCAAAACAACAAGUUAAAUUCUCGUACAAGCCGCAGUACAUCAAGGCCUCACGUGCUACACAUGACGCGAGCCGGUUUGACAAGUUUGCAGUAAUGGUGGGACUGCCACAAUGGGAGAAAAGUGAUUUGGUACUAGAAGGUGGAAAUAUUGUAGAGAAUGGUGAAGACAUAGCAAUUGUCACUGAGAGGAUUUUCGAUGACAACAAGAAGUUCAGUGAAAAAGAAGUGAUCCGAAGGGUGGAGCAAACUAUAAAAAGGAAAGUUGUUGUUGUUCCCGAUCCUGAAGACACUACAGGUCAUGCAGAUGGUAUUGUCUCUUUUCUUGAUAAAAACACACUGCUUAUCACCAUGCUGGAUGAUAAAGGUGGGAAGGAUUUUUAUGAGGACAUUAAAAAAGAGGUAACUGAUUCUUACCCUCACUUGAAGAUCAUCCCAUUACCAAGUUACUCCAAGAAAACCAAAAAACAUGGAUUCAAUACUGCUGAGGGCUCAUAUGCAAACUCUCUAGUUACUUACAAUGCAGUGUAUGUGCCUUGCUAUGGGAAUCACAAGAAAGAUGAAAUGGCGCUGGGAGUCAUUCAGAGUUGCACAAGCAAGGCGGUCAUACCCAUCCGAGUCCGGGGCAGGGUACCAGAGCUGGGUGGGUCUGUGCGGUGUAUGACCUGGCAGAUUGAUGAGUCUCACCCAGUUGCCAGAAGGUUGGCAGAGUAUGUCACAUCAUCACCAUCACCAUUGUCACCACAAGCAGGAAGUUCUCAUGGACGGCACUGA